AUGGUGAUGAUUGGAGAGGGAAGGAAGGGGAAGAGGCACACCCAGAGCUCCUCACCUGCCAAGCUAGUCACUGUCAAGUGUUUUUCCGGAAACACAACAGAGGGAGGGAUCUCAAGAAGGGAUUCGAAGGAGGAUCAGGUGUUGGCUGCACAGAUUUUUUCGACACAGAGGAGCCCUGGCAGGUGUUUAGGGGCAGCCAGUGCAGUGAGUGAGGGGACAGAAAGUCAGGCAGGCAAUGAAGGGACAUCUCUCCACUCCGGUGCGGUGGCUUCUUCUCCUCACAAUUCAGGUCAUGGCAGUGUUAACUUGCUGAGGCUGGUGGAUGGAGGCAGCCCCUGUGCCGGGAGAGUGGAGGUUAAACACCAGGAUCAGUGGGGGACAGUGUGUAGUGAUCGCUGGGACAUGACAGAUGCUGGGGUUGUCUGUAAGCAGUUGGGAUGUGGAGCUGCUGUCAGUGCUCCUGGAAAUGCACAUAUUGGACGAGGAUCUGGACCAAUUUGGCUAAAAAACAUUGCCUGUGAUGGUACCAAGUCUGCUCUCUGGCACUGUGGUAACGAGGGAUUGGGUGAGAAUGACUGCGGGAAUGGAGAGGAUGCUGGAGUGACCUGUUCAGGUAAGAAUCAGCCAGCUCAGUCCUGAAAGGCAAAUCCCCCUGAGACAAAAGGGCUUGAACCCAGAGGGCAUCGUGUGCCUGUUACCCUAACGAGAAAUGAACAAAAACUAGAACAACUCCUGUAAUGAUUGUUAUUACUGAGCUGUAAUUAUUACUAAUCAUGUCACUGGCCACUGAAGAA